AGGGCUCAACCGGGCAAAAACCGGGGCCGGGAAUCGCGUGCCACACCCGGCCCAGGCAUGGUGGACGAGGGUGCUUUGUCCACCAAGGAGCAGCGUGCCCAGCGCUUUGGCUUGCCUUCGGCUUCCGGCGCUGGCGCCGAGGCGGGGGCUCAACGCUCCGCCUCUGGCGCUGGCGCCUCUGGCACUGCUGCUGCGGACAAGGCAAAGACCGAGAGGGAGGAGGGCUUUGCGCAGCUUCUCCAGGAAGCCCGGGCGGCUCGGGCGGAGCGCAUCACGGCGACGGCUGCUAACAGCCAAGGCAUGGUGACCGAGGAGAACGGGAAUUCUUUGUCCACCAAGGAGAAGCUGGAUGCGCGUGCCAAGCGCUUCGGCGGGUCGGCUUCCACAGCUGUCGCAGAGGGGACCGACAUCAAGGCGGCAAGGGCUCAACGCUUUGGCACUGCUGUCGCGGACGACGCGAAGAAGAAGGAAGCCCGGGUGGAGCGCUUUGGCACGGCGGCCACUUCCGUUAGCGGGCCAGGGGAGGACGACAAGAAGGCGAAGCGCGGCCAGCGGUUCGGCACAGGCAGUGCCGGCGCCAGCAACGCCAGCGUCAGCUCCGCCAACGUCGGCGCCAGCGAGGAGGAGGCGCGGAAGCGGCGCGCCGAGCGCUUCGCUACCGCGCUGGGCGCCGCCGAGAGCGCGGAAAGGAGCGUCGGCGGAACGGUGGUGAAAGGGCUGACGGCAGAUAGGUUAGAGCAGCGCAAGCAGCGCUUCGCUGGCAUGGGGUCCCUUCGCUCAGAGCCUUACGAGACCGGGGCAAAUGGCUCUGAGGAUCAGAAGAAGAAGCAGCGCGCAGAGCGCUUCAAGAUCAAGUGAGCCACGUUCCACGCCACUCCCAAAGCACGAAUUGGC